ACCGGUGGAUGAAGUUUGUAGUUUCAAGCGGCAAGUGCCUUCCCCUAGAAGUGACGAAAUGGCAUCGAGUCAUUGGUUCCGGGAUUGUAUCAACCCAAAGAACUUCUACGCAGCACAGGCCCCAGUUCUGAAGGCAACUUUCAUCGGUGGAUUGACGCCGUUCACCGUUGUAAACCGGAGACGCCACGAUUCCGCUCUGGAGUGCACCAUUUUUGGAUACGUUAACUCCUUCAUACACGCUGCCACAUUCUGCACGUGCUACGUAAUUACGCUGGUGAAGCAUGAAAGCGUUACUGCACAUUUCUUCGACUCGGAAAUAAGUACCCUUGGAGAUAUCCUACAGAUCAUAGUUGGACUGGUGGCACUUAUAAUGACCUUUGGAUACAGUGUCUUUCGUAGACAAACGGUCAUCGAUGCAUUCCAUGCCUUGGCCAGAACCGAUCUGCAUUUUAAAGAGAUUGGUGUUGAAACCGACUACAAAAGUACACUCUUUUACAACUAUGGAUUGCUAUUCAUCCAGAUAACCGUUAAUUUAGCGUACAUUACUAUAUCAAUUGCUAUCGUAACCAGCUCUGGAGUAUUCAUCUGUGGCACCACUUGGGCAGCGUUUUUCCUACCGUUCAUGAUGAUGACAAUGAUCACUUCUCUUUUUGUCUGCAUCGUAAACCAGAGCAAACAUCGAUUCUAUUUGCUGAACAAAAUUCUCAGAUCGCUUCAAGAAAUCAGUGUAGACAAGCGACGUCUUUCCUUUGAUGAGAAGCAAAACGAAGUGAAGAUUGUGAAAAUUCAAAAACCACUGAACAUAUCGUCGGUUUUCUCCAACACCAAUCGUUAUAUGCCGGAUGUUAUCAACCAAGUGGCCAGCAUCCAGAGUGAAAUCAGCGACGCUUGUGAUCAUGUCGAGGAUUAUUUCAAAGUGCAAAUGUUAACUAUUGUAACAAUUUCGUUUCUCAUUAGUGUAUUUGAUUCGUACUACAUUUUGGAAACUAUAUUCACCAAUGAUUCGACCGAUACACCUUUCACGAAGGUGCAGUUCGUGACCUUCUUCUUCUGUCAAGGAUUUAUCCACGUGGUUGGAGUACUGAAUAUAGUCUAUGUCAAUAGUUUGACCAUACAUGAGAACAAGCAAAUCGCAGUUAAUGUUCAUAAGCUGAUCAACGUUAACAACUACGAUGAUGAGUUGACCAAACAGUUAACCAACCUUUCACUGCAAAUGACCCACCGGAAAGUGGCAUUUACCGCUUAUGGCUUUUUCAAGCUUGAUUUCACCUUGCUUUUUACGCUUGUUGGUGCAGCUACCACCUAUCUCGUCAUUCUUGUUCAAUUCAGCCUCAAUCAGUCACAACCUUGCAAUCAAAGUAUGAUUAAUUAUGUUACGACACCAGCGAAUACAACGUUGUCACCAUAAAAAAAAACAAAUGCAAAAUUUAAAAAUAAUUGUAUUGUUCAUGGAUGUUACUUUCUUCUUAAUUGUGAUUAUUAUAUUACUGAAAUGUUGUUCAAAAUAAAUACCUAAUUUUGAGGCUACCAUUUCCAGACACUACUAAAAUCUCAUUAUGCGCUGCUUGUGAAUCAGAUGGAAAGAAUUUUGGUCAUCUCGGAUUCGCAUACUCCCCUUGUAGAAUUCUCCCAAAGAUAUUGGAAACCUUUGUAGAGCAUAGACAUUGAUCAUAUUGCCCAAUCAACCAAAACUUCGGCUUCUCGCAAAUGAGCCUCUGUACGUGCCAUAAAUUCU